AUGUCGGAGCAAGACAUUACAGAUGAAUUGACUAGUCAAGGGGUAACUGCAGUUAAGCGUUUCACCAUGAAAUCCAGAGACGGUGACAUCAUCCCGUCAAAUACUUAUAUGCUUACAUUUGCCCUAUCGGCCCUUCCUAAGUCUGUUAAAGCUGGUUAUCUAAACAUUGGAGUGGAGGUGUAUGUCCCCAAUCCACUCCGAUGUUUCAAGUGCCAAAAAUUUGGACAUGGAUCAAAAUCUUGUAAUCACUCUGUAGUCUGUCAGCGCUGUGGUGACGACCAUGACAGCACUGGAUGUACAGCUGACAUUAAAUGUUCAAACUGUAACGGCAAACAUCUGGCUUCAUCUAAAUUAUGUCCAGUGUGGCAAAAGCAAUCAAAAAUCAUAAAACUCAAACAUGAACAAAAUAUCUCGUUUUACGAGGCUAAGAAGGUUAUUGAAAGUCAGUCCCCGUCUACUCCACUUACAAGAACCUACUCUGCUGCUGCUGCUGCUGCUGCUACUAUCUCUGCUCCUCCAACGGUAUCGAUUUCUGUUCAAACAGAAUUGACAUGGAUCAAAUCAGAUACACCUAUCAGCAUAACUUCUGUGAUUACGUCCAAUUCAUCCUCGAGUCAAACUGAAACUUUGUCUGUUUACCCUGAUGCUGUUGAAUCAGCUACUAAAGAGCCAGAGGCUACUGUUGAACCAGCAACAACUGGAUCUGCCGAUGUUACUCUGACCAGAAAAGAAAGGAAAAAACUAAAUAAAAAACAGACAAACAGGAACUCCUCUUCUUCAGAGAUAGUUGUCCAUAACUCCUUUGAUGCUCUGGACAUGGAUGUCACCCCAUCGUCACAGAGCAGUAGUAGGAGUCCUUCCUCCACACGUGUACGUGAGCGUUCACCGAUUGAGCCACCAUGA